AUGCAGUUCACGUCCGUCACCAUUAUUGCAUUCAAUGCCUUCCUCGCGUCGCAUGUCACUGCAUUGCCCACAAGCCCUAGUCUUGAUCAGAGAUUGACAGUGCAAACCCGAGACAUUCAUGCGCCUAUCAGGAAUACUCGACGAUCUCUAGUGAAGCAGCGUGAUAUCCCUGCUCCUGUCCUUGCCGCUCUCGGGAUUCAAGCCGCACAACCCGCUCAGACCACAGUCAAGGCUGUUAACCAGACCCAAAACACCAGACGAUCUAUUCACGAACAGCGCGACAUUCCUGCGCCAGUUCUCGCUGCUCUCGGUAUCCAGGCUGCUCCACCCGCACAGACAGCAAACACAGCAGUCAACCAGACGAAGAACACCAGACGAGAUAUUCCUGCCCCAGUUCUCGCUGCCCUCGGUAUCCAGGCUGCUCAACCCGCACAGGCAGCAACAGCAGUCAACCAGACGAAGAACACUCGCCGAUCUUUCCUGCCCCAGUUCUCGCUGCCCUCGGUAUCCAGGCUGCUCAACCCGCACAGACAGCAAACACCGCAGUCAACCAGACGAGUCAACCAAGCUAACAAUACUCGUCGAUCCGAUAUCAGCCAGCGCGACAUUCCUGCCCCUGUCUUAGCUGCCCUUGGUGUCCAAGCAGCCAAGCCCACCAACAAUGGAACGUCCACAGCUAACUAA